AUGAGCGGGCCCGAUGUGCUGUUUCCGCUGCGGAACAACUUCUACCUGGGAGCCUUCCAAGCUGCUAUCAACGAGAGCAACGUGCGCAACUUGAGCGACGCCGAUGCUGUCGAGAAGGACAGCUUCGUGUACCGCUCCUACAUUGCGCUCGGACAAUACCAGCUAGUAAUUGAUGAAAUCAACGAUGCUGCUCCUGUUGCGCUUCAAGCCGUAAAACUCCUCGCAUUGUAUCUAUCAGGAGGAGCUCAGAAGGAAAAGGCAUUGUCUAGCUUGUCGGAGUGGUUAUCUGAUACAACUGUUUCAAGCAACCCUACCCUGUUGCUGAUUGCUGGAAUGAUCUACACACACGAGCAAAACUAUAACGAGGCUCUUAAGCAUACACACGUUGGUGGCACUCUUGAUUUGUCAGCACUGAAUGUUCAGAUAUACUUGAAGAUGCACCGAGCAGAUUAUGCAGAGAAACAACUCAAAAUUAUGCAACAAAUUGAUGAAGAUCAUACUCUUACUCAGUUGGCCAAUGCUUGGGUCAACCUCUCCCUGGGUGGCGUUAAAGUUCAAGAAGCAUAUUACAUCUUCCAGGAACUGUGUGAAAAGUACACGCGGACAGUUAUGCUGAUGAAUGGAAGUGCGGUUUGUCAAAUGCAUAUGGACCAAUUUGAAGAGGCCGAGUCUCUCCUUCUGGAGGCCCUGAACAAGGAUUCGAAGGACGCCAACACCCUCGCUAAUCUCAUCGUUUGCAGUCUGCAUUUGAGCAAGCCGACGGCGCGAUACUUAAGUCAGUUGAAGAUAACACAUCCAAACCAUGUGCUUGUGGAGCGUGCUGGUGCUGGUGAAGCUGCAUUUGAAAGAGCUGUUCAAAGUGUCGCAUAAGUACGCUGGAGUGUCUCUGCACCCCAUCUGCUCGUUGGUCUUCCUGGUGUGGAUUUGUUCACGGUGAAGACGUUUCAAGACUCGGGACAUGAAUUGCAUUUUAGUCUAUGGCCGUCAGGUUUCUGACAGUUUUCAUUCACACAAUCUUAAUAGUUUUACCAGUUCUAAUUUUUUAUCAUGAGCCUAUGUAAGCAAUAGGUACACAGUUUUUGUAGCCACUCACAGCCACGUCUGCGACGGCUCCAUGCCGACCUCUACCAACCGAGGUCUUCAUAGGUCACUCACGCAACAGCUCGAAUUUUGAUUUACACAUUUUCAGGCUAGUACUAAAAUAUAUUGAUAUCACAUUUUUGUGUUUUCGCAUCGGAUUAAAAGUUGUAGCAUCUGGUUUUUCACAAUUUGCUAACAACACCUCAGCUGCACGGGUGUAUCAAAUUU